AUGGCUUCUGAUGCGACAAUGGAUAAUCCUCUAGCUACGGAGGAUGUCCAGUCCACCGCAAAACUACCGGUCGACAUCCAGAGUGUGAAGCAGAAGAAGUACAAGGCCGACGAUCUGCCACUGUCUGCCGCACAGCAUGCUGUUAUCGACAGACUCCUACAUGCGUUCAAAAAGAAGGGCGGCUUCGAUAGCGUGCGCAAGCAGAUAUGGGCCGACUUUAACGAUGGGGAACCUCGCGCCGAUUUUACCAACAAGUUGAUCGCACUUGCAGAAUCAGAGAUCGAUCGAGAGCCUGCAUUACUCUCCCGUGAGAGGGGAAAAGCUGCCACACUGAUUGAGGGUGCCGUCGACCGUGGGGAUGUCUACAAAAGUGUGGAGCAAUCUAUCGACCAGCUAGCAUCCAAACACUUGGACUUUAUCCUCGAGUCUGUUCGUGAUAUACGACGCCAGGAUGUGGGAGAGGAAGUCGCUGCUCGCGAACUCGAGCUCGGAAACAAAACUGAUGCUGAUUAUGAAGCACACGUUCGCGUUCGGCGGGAGGAGCGAGAGAAAGUGUGGCGCGAAGAGGAGCGCAAGCAAAGGGAGGCCGAGGAAGAGGAAAAGCGUAUCAAGGAUGAAGAACGCAAAAAGAAGCGCGAGCUUGAGCGCCAGAAGGAAGAGGAAGAGCGAGCCCGGAGAAAGGAAAUCGAUGAACAGCGACGCGCUGAGCGUGAACGCCAGCGUGAAGAGCAACGGGCCCUUGAUGAACAGCGAGAACGAGAACGUGAGGAGAGAUACGAACGACGAAGGAGAGAAGAUAGGGAGCGAUAUCGAGGCUGGGAUCGUGACCGCAGCCGAACUAGGGAUAGAGACCGCUACCGCGAUCGCUCUCCGGGCUACCGGUCUGAUCGUGGCUUGUCUCCUUGGCCUCGAGAUUCCAAACACGACAAAUCAUCCGCUUCCGAUGCCCCCACGCCUGUGCCAGCGCCUCCGGUUGAUGAGAAGUCACUGGAGGAGGCUGCUUUACAAAUGCUCUUGAAAGAAGGCGAAGAACUUGCAGCCAAAGCUCGGCAGAAGCCUGAGUUUGACUUCGAGGAGGCUGAGGCUAUUGAAAACGGAGUGAAACUGCCAGGGUCAACAUCAGCGCUAGGCAAGGGCGUGAAUGGUUCGAGGUAUUCCACUAGGGCAGUCAGCCCCUCCCGCGACUCCGAGGCAAGACGUGGCUCAAUUGCAGACCGCCAUGAUCGGUCGCAAUAUUCGGCGCGGGAUCGAAGCCGCAGUCGCUCACGUCGACGACGCAUUUCCCGUAAUGCCACAGAUCGCCGGCGCGAUCGGUCACGGGACACUUCUGUGAGAUCUCGCGAUCCUGAUAUGGAGGCACGUCGUGGUUACCGCGACUUCCGGGACGACCGAGGCGAGUGCGAGACCGAUCGCGGUCGAAAGACCGCAACCGCAGCCGCACCCGAGCAUAUGAGCAAUAUCGCCCUCGGCGCACCCGACCCUCUCGCUCACCCAUACGCCGGCGUUCACGCAGCCGCUCCCGCUCGCGUCCUCGGGUUAGGGAUCGGCCACGAUCAGGUUCUCGAUCUACGCGAAGGCGAUCUAGGUCUCGAUCUGUGCGGAGGCGAUCUCGGUCUCGGCGUCGGUCGCCUACACCUACACUCGACAUUGACCGCUACGUGCCCGCCACUAGUAACCGGAGCAAGUCACCCCGACGCCGGGUGCGAUCCCCAGAUCGAGACCAGCGACCCCGAUUGUCUGAUAUGCACCGCUACAAACCAGCAUCUGAACGGGAUAAGGAUAUGA